GAGCGCKARCCYGAUGAUAUCUUAGAGCUGUUUCGAUUUCAAGYUGUAGCUUUAUCAUUUUACGUUAUUUKAGACACAUUUGUGUACAAUAAUGACUGUUUUUCUGUCCACAAAAUCUUGUGAACGUCUUGUACAAAGGAAACAACUAAAGCAAACAGUUGAAGAGAUUACUACACAACGAGGGAACGUCCCGUUGCUAUAUACUCAACUAACAACUGAGUUGCAUCGUCAAAUUCGCUCACAAAAGGAGAAGAAAAGAAUCCUUUCUGCGGGGCUUUCUCCWUGGAUUUCAAAUCGCUCAAAUCCUGAUUGUUUGUCUCCGAGGAAGAUGCAUUUGAAGGUCAUCAAGCACAGAAUUACAAGCGCGUUACCAACCGGUCAGGACGCGCUCUGCGACCGUCGUGCUGCCAUGCAAGACGUGAUGUUGGGCAGACAUUUCUGUGAGCUACUUGGCCCUCGUUUGUGUGUUGAUUGUAUUAAAGCUAGUGAACGAAUCGAGGCAUUGAGGGAAAACGAACAGAACCCKUCAUCGUUUAAUCUGGAUAGGGAACCUUUUAAUGCCUUUAUUUGCAGUUACUUAAGUAAACAACAAGAGRACGAUGAGUUGUACACAUUUGAGAACGACUCGUUUUUAGAUCAAGACGACCUCAGUGAUUUAGACGAGCUGACUAACAAACAAUUACCGUCGCCACAGUUCGUUUUACCUAAAGUCAUUUUCACCCCUACCCCUCCCGGGACGGGUGAUAGUGGUAUCKCAAGUCGUGUARGUCGUAUWAGAGGUCUUACAAGAUCYCAAUCUUGUAGCUAUAUCAGGAACUUCACUCCUUUUACGCCUCUACGGAGGGAAAAGACUCAAGCACCAAGAAUAAAAGGGUCGAMCGGUGCAUCGGCCUCGAGGAAAAGCUCGGGACUYGGGUCACUGUCCCGCGAGAGUUCGCUAGAUCGCUAUGGUUUUCUUAACACGAUUSAAAAGCUUCAUAAACAUUCCGACCGUUAUGAGAAGGAUAUAUCUCGGGCGUGGUCAAAGUCUCCAGUAGAGCCAGUAUUAAUGGAGUUGAAAUUGAUUAACUUUACGCCGGACACCGAUCUUGGCUAUGAACCUCCYCCUGKGGAACCUGAGCMCCAGCCUCAGAUUUCAUACGAUGAGUUUGGUUUUCCUAUCAUGUGAAAUKUUUAUCCUGAACUUAUAAAUCAUGGAAAACAUGACCCUAUCAUAUAUUGAAACAUUUGGAAAUAUAUAAAUAUCKUACCCAUCCUCGGAAACCAAUUUGCUUUUAAGCCCGGUCUACACGAGGAAUUUUUAUGUGACAACUAUAUGUGGCAAUUUUAUGUGACGCUCGUCCACACGGGCAAUUUCGAUAUGUGGUAAUUUUUAGUUGUCAUAUAAAAACUAGCAUGUCAGCUUUCCAGUAACUACAGUUGUGACAUAAAAAUUGACCAAUUUUGCUCAUCUACACGGGCAAUUAAAAAUUGUCACAUAAAAAUUGCCACAUAAAAAUUGCUCGUGUAGACGGGGCUUUAUGCUUUCGAGAUUUCCGAGGAUGGUAUAUCACCAAAUUGAUUGUGUCUACGAUUUAAGUGUAUAUCAAGAUCUUACAAAUGUGACUAAUUUUGCAUUCAAAUACAGUCACAUAAUGCUACCAGAUAAUGCCACAAUUUGUGUGUAAAGCUAUUUCAGAAAACGUUAAAUAAUGAAUGCUGUAUUCUGAAUAGAGCAUUCCAAGACCGCAAUACAUCGUUACUAUUAAAAUCUACAUUUGCUGCGUUACAAAAUGACAAUUCAAAACCUAAGUUUCACUAAGGUUCUUGACUGUGCGUGAGCUGGUACAAUCACUCUGAAGCCACGAAAACUCCUUUUGAACUGCGAUAGAAUGAAUACCAACAAUGCAUUGCGGUCUUGGAAUACAAUUUCAUAAGACCAAACAUUCCGUCAAUUAUUUUUAUCAGAAUAAAAUGUACAUUUGCGUCCA